UCGGUUUCGUAUGCAUUGUAAGGAAAGACAUUUCCUUGAUGCAACCGAGCAAAGUAAGGCUGUAUUUUUGCUUUCAAAUUUAAUCAAGAGAUAGCCUAUAUUGUUUUAUUUGAGCCUACAUUCGUAUAUUUGAUUGAAUCAGUAUGGCCCUUUUCGAUGUAAGUGGUUAUAAGUCCCACUCGGAACUUCGUGGGCAGAUGAUUGGAACAGGAGUAGGGCAUUUUAUCGACCGACCGAAUCAGCAAUUUUCUGUUCCCGUUGGAGUGGAUCCCUCAGGGUUCCUCAAGUCAUGCAGCCGUGAUGGUGGUGUGUCCAUUGAUCUGAACCAUGGUACUACUACACUGGCUUUCACAUUCCGCCAUGGUGUCAUUGUGGCUGUGGACUCGAGGGCCUCAGCUGGCAGCUACAUUGCGUCGAAAGAGGCUAACAAGGUGAUAGAGAUCAACCCUUACCUGCUGGGGACCAUGUCCGGCAGUGCUGCCGACUGCCAGUACUGGGAGAGACUGCUGGCUAAGGAGUGCAGGUUGUACAAACUGAGGAACAAGCAGAGGAUCUCAGUGUCUGCAGCCUCUAAGCUACUGUGUAACAUGAUGCUGGGCUACAGGGGCAUGGGCCUCUCCAUGGGCAGCAUGAUCGUUGGCUGGGACAAUAAGGGCCCUGGUUUGUACUACGUGGAUGACAACGCCACACGUCUCUCUGGUCGUAUGUUCUCUACUGGUUGUGGUAGCAGCUAUGCGUACGGAGUGAUGGACAGCGGCUACCGUGAGGACAUGACGGUAGAGGAGGCGUACGAGCUGGGCCGCCGCGGUAUCACCCACGCCACACACAGAGACGCCUACUCCGGAGGAGUGGUCAACCUGUACCACAUGCAGGAGGAUGGCUGGAUAAAGGUGUGUAAGGAGGACGUUUCAGAGCUGAUCCACCGCUACAGGAAAGGCAUGUUCUGAUCCCAGAUCGGUUUCCACACCCACACAGACACACUGUGUUCUCUCUCAACUGAUCCCAACACUGCUCCAAAUAAAGACCAUUUUCAAACUGAA